AUGGAGAGGAGCUCGACGAGUCAUACGGUGGUCUCUGCGCCAGGUAAGGUACUACUGGCAGGUGGAUAUCUCGUCUUGGAUCGCGCAUACUCUGGACUGGUCGUCUCAACUUCUUCACGCUUCUACUGCGUGGUGUUGGACAAUGAACACCGUCCACCACGGAUCAACGUCCGAGCAGGCCAAUUUCCAACGAGCUCGUCUACCUGGUCAUACGAUGUAGAGCGUCAAGACGGACUGGUAAAACUUUCCUCGAUAUCCUCAGCAGCAGGGAGGAACAAGUUCAUCGAAAUCACGCUUACCAAAGCACUCCAAGUGGCUUUCGAAUCGGGUGUCGAGCUGCAACACAGUCUCGACCUUGUCGUCUUGGCCGAUAACGAUUUCUACUCUCAGCGAGAGCAGCUUGGCUCGCGCCCGCGUACUCUCUCAUCGCUUGCUUCUCUCACCCCGUUCUCACCCCUGCCACGACCGAUCCAUCAAACCAACAAGACGGGUCUCGGAUCGUCUGCCGCCUUGGUGACUUCCAUCACCGCGGCCGUUCUACAACAUCUCAAAGCCGUCACCAUCCAACCUGAAGCAGGUCCAUCUCGGUCCAUCGACUUGAUUCACAAUCUUGCUCAAUUAUCACAUUGUACGGCGCAAGGCAAAGUAGGCAGUGGGUUCGAUAUCUCCUCAGCGGUCUACGGUACACAUCAGUACAAGCGGUUCUCGCCUUCCAUCCUGUCGUCUGUACAGGCAUCCGACCCGUUAUUACCACUCUUGCGGUCCCCCGAUUGGGACUAUCAGGCCAUCCCCUUCCGCUUACCAAAGGGACUGAGGCUGUUACUCGCCGAUGUGGAUGCUGGCACUGACACACCGUCUUUCGUCGGCAAAGUGCUAAAGUGGAGAGAGGAGAAUGUAGAGGUGUCAAAGAAGCUGUGGGAUGAAUUAGGCAAGGCGAAUGAUGAUUUGGGCGAGCAAUUGAGAGACUUGUCGGAGAUGGAAAAGGUUUCGGGAUAUGACCAGCAGAUCGCGAGUGCUGGGCGUAAGCUCGAUCCGGAGCUCACAGUACACGCCGCUCUCGCCCGUAUAUCCGAAUCACUCCAACUCAUUCGCUCGUACCUUCAACAAAUGUCCUCCCUCUCGCAAGUUCCCAUCGAACCGCCCGAGCAGACACGUCUACUCGAUACAUGUACCGCCAUCCCUGGAGUCAUCGGAGGAGGCGUUCCGGGAGCUGGCGGGUUCGACGCUAUAUUCCUUCUCCUCAUUGAUUCAACCAGUGUCAUUGAAGCGGUCGAACACGUUUGGUCGACAUACAAGGAAAUGAGUGUUUGCCCAUUGAGUGCGAGACAGAGCGAUGGUGGGUUGAAAGUAGAAUCACUUAGCAUACCUGGUCUGUAUGAUGCCAUGAGUCGAGUAUAA